ACAGAGGGCGCUUAGCGAAGCGUAACAUGCAAGAUGGAAGUCGAUUAGAAAGUAAGGCGGUGGUACCAGUCUCGUGCUAUUUAUAUUUACUGUAUUUUUGAAUGAAUAAAAAUCGACGGACGUCAUGAAAGCGUGAACAUGUCUCAUCUUUUGCCAGAGCUCGAACAAGAUCCUUUCGAUCCUGAAGAGUUUGUAGAAAGAUUAGCUUGGCGGACAACUGGAGGACACAAUGAGGGUGAUAAUUUUGAUCCAAAUAUUCUCCAUGAGGCAUUUGAUCAAGCUAUCAGAGAUCUUCGUAUCUUGUAUGAGAAUACCAAAAAAAAAUGUGAGAGACUUAAAAUGAUAUGUCGUGAAGAAGAAAAAAGACAUUGGGAUAAAAUUAGUGAACUUGAAGAAAAAAAUAAGGCUGCCUUUGCUACAUUUCAAGAAUUAGAUGAACAAAUUGAUUUUGUUGCUACAAAAGUUGUACAUUUAGGAGACCAGUUAGAAAGUGUCAAUACUCCAAGAGCAAGAGCUGUUGAGGCUCAAAAACUUAUGAAACAUUUUGCAGAAUUUUUAAGUCCAGGACCAUUAACCUCAGAAAUACUAACAGAUCAGUUUAAGUUGUAUGAAGGGGCAGAUGUGAUUCAAAAACUACAUUUAAUUUCUCAAGAAUUGCCUGUGGAAAAAUUUGAUAAAGCACGUAAAAGAAUUGCUCAGAAGUAUGAUGAAAUUGAGCGAGCAUUGAUUGAGGAAUUUGUCAGGGCACAUAGAGCUGACGAUAAAGUCAAAAUGAAAGAAAUUGCUAGCAUUUUAUCACAUUUUAAAGGUUAUUCUCAAUGUAUUGAUGCCUUCAUAGAACAAAGUCAAAUGGGAGCAUUUAUAGGAGUAAAUAUUUUUAAUGAUAUUGUGCCAUUAUGUGCAAAGAGUCAAGUAAUUAUAGAAGAAGUAUUUACUAAUCCAGAACAAGUAAUGGCAAAAUUUGUUCUUAAUAUAUUUCAUGGAAAAUUACAAGAACAUAUCCAGGCUCAGUUAAAUAAUAAAACUGAUCCAGAGAUAUAUUUAAAAACUCUGUAUGAUUUUUAUUCAAAAACAGUAAAAUUAUGUGGUGAGCUUUCUGUAUUUAAAAUGGGAAGUGAUACAACUUUUUUAAAUAAGCUUACAAGGCAUAUUUUUUCAAGAUGUCUAGAUACAUAUAUUUCCAAGGAAAUGCAAUGCUUAAAAGAUAAGUGCGUGGCAAUUCAACAACGUUAUUAUGAUUCUAAGAAUCAUCAGAAAAAACAUAUUCCAACUGGAAGUAUUCAUGAAUUGAGACGUGAUAUUCAAGCUAAAAUAGGAACAAGAACUAACAUUAAUAUUGGACCUGCAGUUGAAAAUUAUGGAGGCGAAACAUUUUUAUCAGAGGAGGUUGCAAUAAAUUUAUUGCAAGAAAGUAAAUUGGCAUUACAGCGUUGUCAUAUGCUUUCUCGACCUUCAGAUUUACCUGGAAAUGCUGUCCAAAUAUUUAAUAUUCUUUUACAGAGUUUGUGCGUUGAACAUAUAGAUUAUGCUCUAGAACUUGGAUUACAAGGUAUUCCUGUAACUGAACCUAAAAGUCCACCAGAAAUAUAUUUUUUUGAUGUAGUGAGGCAGUGUAAUGCUAUUUGUCAUUUAUUAGAAAAACAGUUUGCAGAUACAUUAGUUCCUCUUGUUGUAUCAACUCCAAAACAUGGGUAUUGUUUACAAAGGAAAAAAGCACUUUCAGAACAAAUGGAAUUAAAAUUGCAUAAUGGAUUAGAACGGUCGAUUUCAGCUAUUAUUGGUUGGGUAAAGUUUCUACUACAAUCUGAACAACGAAAAACAGAUUUUAAACCAGAAACUGAAGACUUAGUACUUGCAGUGGCCACACCUGCAUGUGUAAAAGUGGUCAAAUUUAUCAAUCAAAAUGUUGAAAAAAUAAGAGAUUCUUUGGAUGGUAAAAAUGUGGAGGCAUUAUUAACUGAGUUAGGUACAAGGUUUCAUAGAGUUAUAUAUGAACACCUUCAGCAGUUUCAGUACAGUUCUGUUGGUGCAAUGGUUGUUAUCUGUGAUGUCAAUGAAUACAGGAAAUGUGCCAAGGAAUUCCGUGUGCCUUUGUUGAACUCUUUAUUUGAUACCUUGUAUGCUCUAUGUAAUUUAUUAAUUGUGGUUCCGGAUUAUUUGAAGCAAGUAUGCACAGGAGAUCAAUUGGUGGGCCUCGAUCGUGCAGUUUUGUUAAGUUUUGUUCAGUUGCGUGCUGAUUAUAAGACAGCCAAGUUGGUAAAUCAAUUCAAAUGACCAUCAAAUGGAUUUGAUGAAUAUAUACAUAUUUAAGUCCAUUAUCAUUUUCCACAUUUGGAACAAGUAUUCCAUGUAUCUAUAGAAAAUUUCUAUUUAUGAAUGUUUGCCAUGCUGUAAGAAAGAAUAAACCCUUGGGGUUUUGAUAAUAAAAAUUGUAAAUGUUCUUACAAAAUAUUUUUGUAAUUAGUAUAUCAUUAUAGAAGGAUUAGAUUAAUUUUAAU